AUUGGCCGGUCGUGUUUGUUGGAGCGCUUGUAUUGGUCAGCUUCGGGACCAGGGGCGGGACUGAUAUCCCAGAAGCAGCGGCGGCCACUGCGGAGCCGGUGUGAGGCUGCUGAACCGGAUCGCGGGCCACUACAGAGCGCGGCGAGAUGGAGGUGACGGGGAUCUCGGCGCCCACUGUGACGGUUUUCAUCAGCAGCUCUCUCAACAGCUUCCGCUCGGAGAAGCGGUACAGUCGUAGCCUGACCAUCGCAGAGUUCAAGUGUAAACUCGAACUGGUGGUGGGCAGUCCUGCUUCCUGCAUGGAACUGGAGCUGUAUGGCGCCGACGACAAGUUCUACAGCAAGUUGGAUCAAGAGGAUGCAUUGCUGGGCUCCUAUCCUGUGGAUGAUGGCUGCCGCAUCCAUGUCAUUGACCACAGUGGUGUCCGGCUUGGAGAAUAUGAGGAUGUGUCCAAGGUGGAGAAAUUCGAGAUCUCAUCAGAAGCUUAUGACCGGAGGCAAAACACAGUUCGGUCCUUCAUGAAGCGCAGCAAGGUAGGCCCAUACAAUGAAGAACUUCGGGCACAGCGAGAGGCUGAAUCCGCCCAGCGCCUCAGCGAGGAGAAGGCCCAAGCCAGUGCCAUCUCUGUGGGUAGCCGUUGUGAGGUGCAGGCACCUGGCCAGUCCCUUCGCCGAGGCACUGUCAUGUAUGUAGGACUUACAGAUUUCAAGCCAGGCUACUGGGUUGGCGUCCGGUACGACGAGCCCUUGGGGAAGAAUGAUGGCAGUGUGGAUGGGAAACGCUACUUUGAAUGCCAGCCUAAGUACGGUGCCUUUGUCAAGCCGGCGCUUGUCACCGUGGGAGACUUCCCCGAGGAAGACUACGGGUUGGAUGAGAUGUGACACUGAAGGAAGGAUGUGGUCCCCUGCUGCGGCCCUGACAGGGCCCCUCUGUCUGUCCACCUGUGGCCCUUUCCUCCCCGUUUAAUAUUAUUCACUUCUGUCUGCUGUUGACUUUUGAGAUUUGUGCAUUAAAUUAACCAGAACCCAG